AUGGCUCCUGAUACAUCAAACUAUGCCCAACUGUCUAUGAUGCUGGAAGACCUAAUGGUCAUGUAUCGAGUAGAGGCGACUAUUCUCAUUCGUAGAUAUAGGCGUGCCCGCACGGAACGCAAGAAACGGCAACUCCUUGACCAUGCUCGACGUUUUAGCGUCAUUAGAAAAGUACCAGAACAAUUGAAAUGGAUGGACCGCUUGAUUAAUCUCACAAACGCAGACUGCAUUUCCAACCUUAGAAUGGAUUGUCAUACUUUUGGAAAGUUAUGCCGAAUUCUUAAAGAUCGUGGAGGUCUGACCGUUGGUAAGUGUUUGGGGAUUGAAGAGCAGGUUGCUAUAUUUGUUGGGACGCUUGCGCAACAUAAAAAAAACAGGGUUGUUGGUUUUGAAUUCUGGCGAUCGGGUGGGACUGUCUCUUAUUAUGUGAACAAGGUCCUGGGUGCUGUUCUAAGUCUUCACUCUGUUCUUCUCAAUAAGCCCACGCCUGUCCCUGACGAUUGUACAGACCAUCGGUGGCGGUGGUUUAAGGGCUGCUUGGGGGCACUCGAUGGAACACACAUUAAUGUCCUUGUUAGUGGGGCUGAUAAACCUACUAAUGGCUUCUUGACUCCGUACAAAGGUGUUAGAUAUCACCUGAAGGAGUGGGGCCCUGGAACAACAGCUCCUCAAAACCCGAAAGAAAUAUUCAACAUGCGUCACACAAAGGCCAGAAAUGUUAUAGAACGUGCUUUUGCAGUCUUGAAAAUGUGGUGGGGCAUCCUUCGAAGUGCUUCGUUCUACCCUAUCCAGACCCAGAUCUAUUUGAUAAUGGCUUGUUUCCUUCUACAUAACUUCAUAAGAUGUGAAAUGGUAAUAGACCCAGUUGAGAUUGAACUAGAUGGGGCCGUAGGUCCUCAAACCCCUACCGAAGAAGAGUAUGUGGGCAUAGAUUUUGUAGACUGUGUUGAGCCUACUCAAGAGUGGACGCAGACACGGGACAAUUUGGCCCUCAACAUGUGGAACAACCGUUAG